AUUUUCACUAUUUGACUGCGUUACAUUGCUGAAAAGUUAGUUAAACGUGCGAGUGUAAUAAACAGGAGCUUGCUGGAUUCCUCAUUCGACAAAGGGCACGCAUAAGAACAGGUCCACACAUCCAUCAGCCAAGUUAACUGAAAAUUCAUCAAAAGAAGCACUCUUUUAGAGCCUUUCCAAACUACCGUUUCCUGAAGAUUUUCGAACUAUCACAGUCGCCACUGUAGUAGUCCAGCAUAUUCCUGCAAAACAGCCCCUUCGGGACAUGGAUACGAGAGUAAAGUACCUUGACUUCAGCAAGUCAGCGACAUAACCAUCCCUAACGUUGGCACCUCUCCAGAACGUCUUAAGACACAACGUUUCGAAUCAGCUCAGCCGACCUUAGUAACGGAGUCUUCCAGUCCCCAAAAAUGAAUAGCAAAGUUCUUCCAUUGUCCGAAAAGAAAUCAGAGGACGCAGGAAAUGUGGACCGUUUUCUGGCGGCCUUCAAGACCUUUAGUACAUGGAAGGGCUUCGUCAGACCUCCCAGCGUAAUGGACAACGUUAUCGAAGACGUCGCGAACAAGUUGAAACCUGAUGCUAAGCUCCAGGACUUUGAGGACCCAGACAACCACAUUUUUCUGCCGAUAAUUCCGGAGCAAGCAGCCGAUGGUCAAAGCAAGAACAUCACGGGAGAAACGAUUGUUGGAGCAGUGUGUGAUAUUCGGCACAGUCCAAACAGGAUACUCCGGGCUGCAGAGAAAGGCAACUUGAGAGAGUUUGAGCGUCUGUACACAGCGGAUGAGAAGAGACUGCUGUUCCAAGACAGCCGGGGUCGAGCAGCUGUGCACCAUGCCGCGGCCCAUGACAGAGUCAACAUCCUCGACUUCAUCCUCAAGCAUCAAGGGGACAUGCAAAUGUUGGACAAUGACGGCAAUACUCCACUGCACAGCGCUUGUGAGAACGAAGCUGUCAACGCCAUCACAUUCUUGAUCGACAAUGGCUGCGACACCAGCAUCCUGAAUAACAGCACACAGAGUCCCCUGCACUUGGCCACGCAGCUCAACAAGAUCAAGUCUCUUCAGGAGCUAGUGAAGCACAAGGACAAGCUGGAUACAAAUCUAAGGAGCAAGCAUGGUCGCACAAGUCUUCAUCUAGCUGCCAUUUAUGACCAUGCAGAGUGUGCCAUGAUUCUGUUAAGUCAGUUCGGCGCUUCUCCGAAGCUGACGUGCGACAACGGAUACUACCCGAUCCACGAAGCUGCCAAGAAUGCCUCUGCGAAUGCAAUGAAAGCCCUCCUCGAUUGGGGGGAGUCCAUUGGCUACUCGAGGGAAGAGAUGAUGAAGCUGUACGACGCCGACGGCAACGUACCUCUCCACUCAGCUGUGCAUGCUGGCGAUAUCAAGGCUGUGAAACUGUGUCUGGAAAGUGGAGCUCUGAUCAGCACGCAGCAGCACGACCUGUCCACGCCUGUUCAUCUGGCAUGUGCCCAAGGAGCCAUGGACAUCGUCAAACUGAUGUUCAGUUCGCAACCGGAUCAGAAGAUUAACUGCUUGACAUGCAGUGACGCUCAGCAGAUGACGCCGAUCCACUGCGCGGCCAUGUUCGAUCACAUCGAACUCGUCGAGUAUCUCGUUACAGAAGGAGCUAACAUGAACGCCACGGAUAAGGAAGGACGCUCCGUCAUUCUGCUGGCCGCCGCAAGAGGGGCAUGGAAGACGGUCACAACGCUGCUCAGAUUGGGAGCCGAUUUAGGCGAGAAGGACAACUUGCGUCGCAAUUUACUUCAACAUAUUGUUCUUAGUGGAGGGUGCCUCGAAGAUUUUUACAGCGAGAUCAACGAGAGAAUGACAGACUUUGCUCUGUUGCUGAACGAAAAGGACGUUUAUGGAUGCACUGCCAUGCACUACGCUUCCAGGAAUGGCCAGCUGAAAACCAUCGAGGGCCUCCUCCAUUUUGGUGCCAUCGUCAACCUCAAGAACAAUGAAAACCAAUCACCGCUCCACUUCGCUGCGAGGUACGGACGUUACAACACGGUUCGCCAUUUGCUGGAAAGCAAAAAGGGUCACCUAAUCAUCAAUGAAAUGGACGGGGAGGGCAAGACACCCUUGCACAUCGCUUCACAGAAUGGCCACACUAGGGUGGUGCAUCUGCUUCUUGUCAAAGGGGCGCUUCUACACAGGGACCACAAAGGGCGCACCCCGCUGCACUACGCAGUAACUAAUGGUUACACCCACACCAUGGAGCAGUUACUCGCUGUGCAUUCUCAUCUCCUUGACCAAAGCGACCGUGACGGCAAUUCAGCGCUCCACUUGGCUGCCGUCUACAACAAAGCGAAUACAGCCGCUCUUCUGCUCAGCCUGAACUGUAAGAUUGCCCGCAAUGAGCAAGACUUCUCCCCUAUUGACUACGCCCUGCAUUACAAGCACAGCGAGGUCGCCAUGGCCAUGGUCACGCACGUUACCAGGAGUGAAGAAGUCAUGUGCACUCCUACAAAAGGGUACACAUGCCUGGUGGAAGGUCUAACUGCGGUUAUGCCUGAAGUUAUGAUGGCGGUUUUAGAUCGAGGCAUCACAAAAUCAAAAUACAGCCACGACUCUACGUCUUAUUACGUAAAACACAGCUUCCAGGCUUUACAAAACACUGAAGAGGCUGGAGAUAUCGUGCCUGAAACUGAUCAACCUCUUCCUGUGAUGAAUAUUAUGGUGCGCUAUGGCCGCGAAGAGCUUCUUUCUCACCCCCUUUGUGUAAAGUAUUUAGAAACAAAAUGGAAUUCUUACGGGAUGUAUUUUCACAUGAUGAACUUAGCUGUGUACACCGUCUUUCUGGCAUUUCUGACGACAAACGCUGUUCAAUUAAUGAGUGAUAAGUCGGAGAAAGGGAAUUCAAGCAAAGUCAGCUCAGACCUCAUCAUGGCUGCAUUUGCGAAGCCAUCGAAUGAUACCAUCAUUUCAUUAACUUCCGUCAUAGUACUAGGAUUUGUAGGUGUUAACAUUAUGAAAGAAUUUUAUCAAAUGUACCAACAGAGGGCAAAGUACUUUUUAGACAUUAUGAAUGUGCUAGAGUGGACCCUGUACAUAUCCGCGGGGAUUAUGGCUGCUGGACACCUUUCGACUACGGUGGUGGACAAAAGCAACCAGUACAUUAUGGCUGCUCUCGCCGUGUUUCUGGCGUGGUUCAACUAUCUUCUUUACUUGCAAAGGUUCAAUCGAGUUGGACUUUAUGUGGUGAUGUUCCUGGAGAUCCUGUCCACGCUUCUGAAAGUGAUGUUCGUCUUUUCUGUGCUCAUCAUAGCGUUCGGUCUGAGCUUCCACAUUCUUCUUGCGAAGGUCGAAGUGACCGUGAAGACACCAGUUGUUGAUCCGUACACUGGAAAUAUCACACUACGUUCUAUGAACAUGAGCGACAAAGGUUUCCACAACCCGGUGAUUUCUCUCGUCCGCGUCGGCACCAUGAUGCUGGGAGAGCUGGAUUUUCUAGGAACCUACCUACGUCCGAUGAGGAUGCUGGACUCCUCGGCCUGGUAUCAGAUCGUGGCUGCAACGUGGUUUCUCGUGGUUUUCAUCGUCCUCAUGCCUAUUCUUCUCAUGAACUUACUGAUUGGUCUCGCUGUUGGAGACAUUGAAACAGUCCGCCGAAAUGCCCAACUAAAGAGGUUGACAAUGCAGGUUGAACUGCACACGGACCUUGAACGAAAGCUGCCCCGCCGUCUGCUAACGAUAGUGGACAAGACGGAAGUUUAUGUCUAUCCUAAUCAAAAGGGAUCAUCAUCGUACGUGUGGCAAACGCUACAACGAUGGUUCGCCAGCCCGAAGGAGCAAUCAAAGUCGGGAAAAGCCUUAGCGACUGGAGGAGGAGUAUCAGAGAGUGCGAUAACCGAAAUGUCGGAUGAAUUAUCCAGACAAAAAAAGAGGAUGAAAGAUAUAUCCCGAGCCUUAGAGCAACAACUCUCCCUCCUGAGGCUCAUCAUUCAAAAGAUGGAGAUAAGAACGGAGAACGACGAAGUGGAUGAAGGUUGCUUCGAGAAUGUUCAGGAUCGUCCAAUAAGCGCCGCCUCAGCCGGCGCCUUCAUGCCAUAAGCUACCGGCCCGCAUCCGUCAAUAUCACUACAUGUCUGUUGCGCGCUGGAACUGAAAAGGACCUACCGUCGGUCAAGUAUGAGAAGUGCUAAGAUAGUCUUGAAGCCUCUGGACGGACACGGACCGCUCCCUUUCCUGUCGCGUCGAAGGACUGAGUGCAAUGGCAGUGACCCACUCACUCAACCGCUCGACGCAUAGACCAGGAGCUUAACGAAGGUGGACUGUGACCGAAGGCGGUGGUCGGUGGUUCGUUGUGCCUGUGGUAAUGCAAUUUAAUCGUUGUAGAAAGAGGGGUGGAACCUCAAGACGAACCCGUCCAGCACAGGAAACGCAUUCCAAAGCAGCUGA